CACCCACGACAUGCGCCCAUUCCCCGCACGCCACAACCUGUCCCACACCGGAAACUUCUCCCUCUCUGACUUCGACCUUGACCUCGAUGACCCGGAAGUGAACCCCUGGGCGGCUGUGGCCCUGGUGCUCCGUGGCAUGGCAAUGGCGGCCAUCAUGUGGUGUGCUAUUUUUGUCGUCAUCAGUGUGCUACGUUUUGAGAGACUCCGCGCUAUCACCAACUUCUUCAUUGUCUCCCUGGCUUUCGCAGACCUGCUAGUGGCCAUCUUGGUCAUGCCAUUUAGCGCCAGCAUGGAGAUCUCAGGCAAGUGGGUGUUUGGCCGUACUAUGUGUGACAUAUUCAACGCCAACGACGUGUUGUUCAGCACCGCCUCCAUCAUCCACCUGUGCUGCAUCAGCAUGGACCGAUACAUCGCCAUCCUCCACCCGCUCCAGUACGAGAGCAAGAUGACUCGGCCACGUGCGCUGCUCAUGCUGGGGGUCACGUGGGUGGCCUCGGUGCUCAUCUCCUACAUCCCCGUGUACUCACAGCUCUACACCACUCGCCAGAACGUGCAGGCACUGCUCACAGACCCGGACUCCUGCCCCUUCAUCGUCAACAAGGUAUACGCCGGUGUAUCAUCCUCCGUCAGUUUCUGGAUCCCGUGCACCAUCAUGAUCUUCGUCUAUAUCCGCAUCUUCCUGGAGGCGAGGAAGCAGGAGAAGCUGAUCCAGUCGUCCACCUUGUACAUGCACUACUCAGCGGCGCGCGGGGACCAGGGACUGGCGCCAGAACCAGACGCCCAGCGGUCAGAGCGACGCCGAAUGAAGAGAGAACACAAGGCGGCCAAAACCCUGGGGAUCAUCAUGGGCGCAUUCAUCCUCUGCUUCCUUCCUUUCUUCUCCUGGUACGUGGCCACCACCAUGUGCCGUGACUCCUGCCCCUACCCGCCCCUCCUCGGCUCCGCCCUCUUCUGGGUGGGCUACUUCAACUCGUGCCUCAACCCCGUCAUUUACGCCUAUUUCAACCGAGAGUUCCGCACGGCCUUCAAGAAGUUGCUGCGGCUAGAUCGCGUGCCAUGUGAGGUACCCUAUGACGCCACAACACGCGCACUCAACGCCACGUAUGGCAACACUCACCCACAGUACAGGGGCUCUGCCAGUACCGCCCUACGACUGUCAGAGGGCGCCGCGGUGCGAGACUAGCACGUGUCUGACACACGUAUGUUGUACAGUCUGACACAUGUCUGUCAUACAACUGACACACAACGGACGCACAACUGUCACAUAGCCUGACACGUAACAAACGGCUACGACAAAAGCUAUGCCAUAUGACUGUCAGACG